UGAUUAAAAAAAAUAUAUAUAUAUAUAUAUAUAUAUAUUAUAUAUAUAUAUUAUUAAUCGCACAAUUUGCUGUCACGAUUAAUUGCUUUUUUCUUUAGACCAAAGCUUGUAAUAAUGGAUAUUUAAAUGUGAAAUCAUAGAAUUAAUGUUGAAUCAACACAAAAUAAGUAUAUUUCAAGUGAAAUACUAUUGUUUUGAACAGAGAUUCUCUCCUGUGAACUACAUAUUUCCAAUAAAACCAUCAAUGCCAUCAAAAUUAAGGCACAUUAUAUGUGUAGCACAUAAAGUGUAGAGCGGGAAGCGUGAAAGGAGUUAUUUUGAAACGGGUCCUUUUUUUGAGGAAAAUAUGUUAAAUUCCUUGUGCUGUACAGUAUGGGAGUCGAUCGGAAGUUUGUAGUUUUUGUAGUCUCUUAUGUGUAGAGCCAGUCCUCAACCAAUACUCAUAGCAGCAACCUAUCUGCGCAGAAGGACACAACAACAACGCACACACUGACUGGGGACAGGCGCAAGAAGAGCUGUGCGGGACUCUACCGGUAAAGGGCACUCCUUCACAGUACAACAUGCGCUGUUUGUAGCCCACAAGUGCUAAACACAAUUUUGAGAUGACACGGAGAAGAAGAGAGACUACCUUUAAGGAAGGAGCUUCUUCGGUGGGAGCUAGCGACUUGAGACAAAUGACAAGAAACCAUGACACUUGAUGGCCAGCAACUACAAUGGAAGAACCAUCACAGAAUUCUACAACCUGUUUAGUAGCUCAAAAUGAUGAGUAUCCCUGUUUUGGUGCUUUUGCUGGCAGAGACAUCUAGCCUAGCAUCAACAUCAUGCCCUGCCUCCUGUAUAGUCUGCUCAGAGGAUGCCAUCAUAUGCCACAAGCUCUCUAGUAUUAUUGGUGUUCCUAAUACUACUCGUGCCUUGAUGUUGACAGAUGGUUGGAUUGACCUUGUGGACGACACCAUGCUGUCCCAUAUAGGCAAUAUAUCUGUGCUGGGGCUAAGCAACAAUGCAAUUAGCACAAUUAAUGAGAAUGCCUUUCAGAACCUCAUUGAACUCAAAACAUUAUUACUUGACCAUAACCAUAUCUCCAGCCAGACCUUGAACAGCUCCACUUUCUCUUGGCUUCCUAAGCUGAAAAGCCUGUUAUUGGGUAAUAAUGCUAUUCAGGAGAUAGAUGGCUACUGGUUCAAAAACAGCAAAGAGUUGAAGAUCCUUCAGCUGGAGGGCAACCUGCUUUCCACACUGAAUUCCAGUACCUUUUCCUUGUCUACUCUAAGCAGCCUUGAGACCCUUGACCUCUCAGACAACUUCAUCACACACGUGGGAAGAGACAGCUUCCGGAAGCUACCGCAACUACGAACAUUGGACUUAUCUCGCAAUAGACUUGAGAACAUCCCUGAUGCUUUCUCCUAUCUGUCCUGGCUCUCUAUGCUUAAUCUAGAUUUUAACAGGUGGAACUGUAGCUGUGAGCUACGUGAACUGGCUUCCUUCCUUAAUAGUUACCUUCAAGCCCCAGAUAAAGUACUGUAUAAUGGCCAAAGGAUGAUGUGUGUCAGUGCAGACAAUCCAGCUGUGAAUAUUGUGCUUGACCUGACUGAUACCAACUGUGUCCCACCAAACAGAAAUAUUACAGUGAAUGUAGAAACCAGAAGUGGCAUCACUGCCCAACAGUACACACGAGACAUAGCAUUAGCAUCCAUCCUGUUCUUUGCUGGUGGAGUCUCAGUUACUCUGGCAGUCAUGUGUAUUGUUCAUCAUAAAUUAGUGAUGAGGAAAGGUUUAAGGCCUUUGCAGAAGGGCAGUGAGAUUGAUGACCUGAAGCACUCCUCCCUGGAGUCUGUUCAUUGGAACUUCACUGAAGAGAAAGAGGCCUUGUCACAGGCCCACAAUGCUAAACAGCUGUAUUUCAGCUGUGCAAAGCACAAACAUCAGCCAGCCUGGGACCAAGAGAUGCUUGCAUUACCAAACCGGGUCAAUCAGAUGGAACCACAUUUCACCUGUCAAUCCUGCAGGUCAGCUGCUCUCCUUAUCCCAGGUAUGAGACAUGGAGAAAGUCUCAGCAGUGAGAAGAUCCUGCAUUUGAGUCAGGCUCAAAAUCAGGCUGAACCUGCAUAUCAAUGGCCUGUCAGUGAUGAGAGGUCACACACUAGAUCAAUGCUCAGAGAUUUACUUCUACAUAGACAAAUUCAGAAGCAACCUGUUGGGCGAAACGGAAAAAUUCAAAAUCCUGACAUAUCCACAUAUCGUGGAAACCCAAGGCAAGAUACUUCAGUAGGACAAGAUAGACAUCUUUCAAAUCAGAGCAAUUUGUCCUCAAAAGGUUUAGCAGACACUACAGUUAGAUCUCAUGGACACCACCUGAAUGUGCCUCCUCAUCCACCCAUCAGCUGUAUACACUGUCACAGAAAAUAUGAAUACAAGCAAGCGUGGAACAAAAGUCAUAGUACUGAAGAAUUCAGAGCAAUGCUACAAAAAGAGACCUUAAAUUACAAUCAGUCAGGUUGUCCAAGACAAGCCAAAGAACAUGGAAUGAAACCGACCCUUCACAGAAAUGUUACCUUUGAUUUAACUGAGUCUGCAAUGCGCACCAUUGAUGUGCACAAAGUGAAGUAUUGUAGAAAAAUUCCUAAAUAUUACCACAAGCUAAGCCUCAGCCAAGUCUCAGCCACAUCUAUGAAAGCAAAUGUAUUUCAGAGAGAUCAAUCAAAAAGUCACAGAUGUAAAAUUCAUACUAAAAGGUCAUUGAAGGUUAAAUUUAAUCUUAACCCUCUCAGGAAAGGUAAGGUUAAUCCUAACACAAGCCCUAGACAUAACAAAGAUAACCCGAAGAAUAUAAAAAAGGCACAUAAACAUAAACUAAAAGGCAAAGUGUCAAGGGACAAAGGUGAUGUGGAACAGCAAAGCCCUAGAAACAUGAGUAAGAAGGGGCGACAAUGUGAAGAUUCUAAGGACAGCACAAAAACAUCUUCAAAGAAGACCUCUCAACUAGAUGUAGGUAAUGGGAAUAGAGAUGACACAGAAGGCACUGUUUGUACCUUUGAUAAUAAAAAACAAGAAGACCAUUUGCAGGAGCCGGACCCUGCUGGUAAUCUCCAAAUUGAAGACUCAAAUGAAGCGCUCUCAAAGAGUUCUGAAACUGUUAUCCAGCAGGGAAUUUCCCCAGACCAAACAAAUCUGCAAGCCAAUGUAAGCAGCUCUGAAGUGCUAAAUGGAGGUGCUGGUCUUGUGCUUGCUGAAGGAAUAGCUACAGGUGGAGAUGAGAGAGAGUCUAUCCCGAGUAGCUCAAAUCAGCUGCCUUCAAGUCAGCUUCAUCUAGUAAGUGCAACAUUAAAUGAAGAGAUUCAAUCCAUUGGCAACAGCAUAAGCCCAGGGAAGUCAAAAGCUCCAGCUGUUGUUCAGGAAUACCUUUAUUCUCCAGAGGGCUCACCAAAGAGAAAGAUCAGGCUGAUUAUGCCAGAGAAGACCACUAACAGACCAACAUCUUCUCUUGAUAAGAAAAUUCGAUAGCACAUUUUUCAUUACAUAAACAAUGCAGGUCACACACUUAUUUUAUGUCAAAGGCCUCAAUAUGGCACAUCUUGACAUUCACCACCAUAUGUAUAAUGACAUGAAAUGUGCAUUUGCAUCUGUAGUGUUUAUAUUAUAUGCAUUAAUUACAUUUACGAUUCAAACCUUAAAUAAAAGUGUAUGUCUUCAUUUGCUUUUAACUACCCGAAUUCUCUGUCAUUGAAAAUGUGAUUUAAGAAACACAAUCUGGCAAAAAAAAAAA